GGCGUGCCUCCGUCGCCGCUCAAAGAGUAACCGCACCCUACAAAAAUGUCCAUGUCCAUCGCUACCCAGGCCACCCUCAAGGUUGGCAAGGUCGCGGGCCUGUCCAGGUCCGUCCGCUCCUCCAAGGCCAAGAGGGCCGUCAAGUGCGCCGCCGCCGCGGAGACCACCACCAAGAAGGCCCCCGGCCCUCUUCAGCGUGGAGGCACCCUCGAGGGCGAGAAGGCUGCCGGCAAGGACGCGGGCGUCGCCGCCAAGACGGGCGCCCUCUUCGCCAACGGCACCCAGGAGUGGUCCGAUCCCCGCUGGGUCAACGGCACCUGGGACCUCAACCAGUUCAAGCUCCCCAACGGCGAGACCGACUGGAACGCCGUGAUCGACGCCGAGGUUGUCCACCGCAAGGCGCUCGAGGAUUGCCCCGCCGUGUACGACGAGGACGGCCUCUUCGAUACCUCCAUCGUCCCGUGGUGGGUGUGGGUGAAGCGCUUCCACCUCCCCGAGGCUGAGAAGAUCAACGGCCGCGCCGCGAUGGUCGGCUACGCGUUCGCGUACCUCAUCGACGCCGCGGGCGGCGCCGGUCUCGUGGAUCUCCACCAGUCCUUCCUCGGCAAGACGGCCAUCUUCCUCACCGUCGCCUUCUGCCUCACCGUCCGCCGACUCGAAGAUCUCGACACCCUCAACGUCCUCGCCGACGAGGCCACUUUCUACGACAAGCAGUGGAACGCCACCUGGGAGGGUAAGGAGCGCCCCUCCGACUCCCAGUAAUUUCUUCGCGGCAGUUCGUUCGUUCGUCGUCUGACGAUGGAUGCGGUUGAUUUGCGAAUUCGGUGCGGGCGGGCGGGGACGCGAAUGGGUAUUCGGCAUUCGCGUCGCGCCGGCUCGUGGGAUGAAUGAGAGCGGCGGUGGCGGUGAGGCUUUUUUCCCACGCGGCGCUUGUGCUGGAUGGAGCGGCGUGCGUCGCGAGGGGCGGGCCGCCGUGCGGGUGCGCGGCGCCCGCGGGUGUGUUGGAGUCUAUUCGAACUUUUUCCCGCGCGUAGACCUCGGGAAAAUACAUAAUGUACCAGUCUUAUUACGAUGAACCGGACGCGUU